GAAUCUCACGUCAUAUUAUUUUACAUUAUACAUAAAUUUGUUAAUGAAAAAUGGAUAGGCUACAAGAGAUUAGUUCGACGAAUAUAUCAACAAUAUUCGUCACAUUUUGCGUGAAAAUGCAGUGAUGUCUUGCAACGGGGCACCCAACCCUCUACAAUGAAAAUCGCGAUUUUCCCUUUCCACUCCCUUUCGAUAGAUGGAAUAUGUAAAAAUAAAUAUGAAAUUAUGUUGUACUCUAUCCAUUUUAAGGCAACGGAUCUACGAAAUAUACUAAUCUACGAUCCACGUUCUACGAUCCACGUUCUACAAUCUACGAUCUACGAGAUGUAGAUCCGUUGCCACAAUAAAAAAGUUUUGGACUCACCACCCGAUGCACAGCAGCGGAGUUAGCUAUGUUGAUGAGCGUACUCCUGGCUAUUCUGGAGUUCAACGUGGUACCGCACCAACGUAUCGGCUUCUUCUGCAAUGACCCAAAGAUCUCGUUCAAAUUCACGGGCGACACGAUCUCUAUGGGCCUACUACUAGGCCUAAGUAUCAGCCUGCCUUUAAUAGUGACAUGGGGCGUAGAAUACAUCUUCUAUCCCGCGGACAGUUACGAGAGCGCGUCGUGCCACGGCAGCCGGAGUAGACAAAUCUGGCGUUGGUAUGGACACUACUUCGCCGGGAUCUCGACGCUCACGCUCGUCUGCGAGAUCAUGAAACUCCUGAUCGGCGAACCGCGGCCGCACUUUCUCGACACGUGCAAACCGCGCGAGGCGGCCAACUGCACCGAUGAAUACGUGAAUUCUUACACGUGCACGAACACCGAGUUUUCCAACUGGUUCGUCAGUGACUCCAGCAAGUCCUUUCCCUCCGGUCACUCGGCUCUCUCCGUCUACACGAGCAUCUUCUUGGUGUGGUACCUGCAGAACCGUCUGCCGAAUCGGACAUUGUUUCUGAAGCCGUGGCUGCAAUGCCUGAUGGGAAUAUGGGCCGUUACUUGCUCGAUGACGAGGGUGGGCGACAACCGGCACCACUGGUGGGACGUUCUCGCCGGCGACGUCCUCGGCCUCCUGUUCGGCCUGUUUGUCGUGGUGGUGCCGUGCCGGCACUUCUGCCUCAAGCGCGCCAAUGCCGAUGUCGCGGCGACGCACGCCCUUAACGAGCCCCUGGAGAACGGCCAGAUCGGCGGCUACGACGUGCAGCGCAAGCAGAGCGCCAAGAAGCUGCUCAAUCCCGCCGUCGUCGACGUCUCGGAAGUCCGGGAGAUGAAAGACAUCGCUACCUGGAGGGAAUGAGCGCGAUGCGUUCGCGUGGACGACGAAGGGGCAAUUUCAGGGGGAAAGGGGGAGGGUGGAAAGGGGGAUGUAUAGAAUACAUAGAAUCGCGUUGAUCGCAUCACUCGUCCCGGAAAGUUCGGAUCGUCCGUUCCACAAAUGUCGAGUUUCGCUGUACCUGACUUUUUCUUAAAUACUAAUAAUAAUAAUAUCAGCCUUUACCGAGUGCAGUAGUCGUAACGUGUCAUACACACGUAACGAGGCGGAAGCGUAAUAGAAGGUUGCACACUGACGGGCGAGGCGUCGGCAAUAAUAUCGCUCUUAAACCUCUAUGAUACUAAAGUUCAAAACGAACAUCCACGGUCUUUAAGAGGAUCCCUCAGCAUCUUUUUUUACCGACACAGUCAAGUGUAGUUUUUGCACUUGUAAGUCUUUAUUGGCUUUUAUGCACAAAAUAAUACCAGGACAAGUUGCGGACUGUGACCGCAACUUAUCCUGGUGUUAUUUUAUCACUAUGUGAAAUAUUACUAUAUGAAGCUGUCACCUAACCUCACCUCACCUAGCCCUAACCUAACCUAACCUAACCUAACCACCUAACCACAAUCACUUAUAAAGUGAUAUUUUUAAUUUCUCUUCGUUUUUUAUUGAUUAAAGUCGACUGUCCCUGGCUUUAUCUUUAUGCGUACUUUCCCAUACAGCACGCAUGUCUAAAAGACAUCUUUAAAACAUCUUUAAGUAGUCCUUUAGAUUACAUACAUAUCUAAAGGAUCGUCUACAAUAGAUGAAGUAAGCCUGGCGUAAGAAGUAAGAGUAG